GCCUUUUGUUAGCUUCUGGGAAGACGGGGACUUCUUUGACCGUUUGCACAAAGGAUUCUUAGAAAGGAAAAGAAUGAUAUGUGCAAUGAAGUCGGGAGGCACCCAACUCAAGCUGAUCAUGACCUUCCAAAACUACGGACAAGCCUUGUUUAAGCCAAUGAAACAGACUAGAGAGCAGGAAACUCCUCCAGACUUCUUUUAUUUCUCAGACUACGAAAGACAUAAUGCUGAAAUAGCAGCAUUCCAUCUGGACAGAAUCCUGGAUUUUCGCCGUGUCCCGCCUGUGGCCGGUAGAUUGGUUAACAUGACAAGAGAGAUACGGGACGUUACUCGGGACAAGAAGCUAUGGAGGACGUUUUUCAUCUCUCCAGCCAACAACAUCUGUUUCUAUGGCGAGUGUUCCUACUACUGCUCAACGGAGCACGCCCUUUGCGGGAAGCCAGACCAGAUCGAAGGCUCCCUGGCCGCGUUUCUCCCAGACCUGUCUUUAGCGAAACGGAAGACCUGGAGGAAUCCGUGGAGGCGCUCCUACCACAAACGCAAGAAAGCAGAAUGGGAGGUUGAUCCGGACUAUUGUGAAGAGGUCAAACAAACCCCACCUUAUGACUCCGGAACCCGAAUUUUGGAUAUAAUGGAUAUGACCAUUUUUGAUUUUCUCAUGGGCAACAUGGAUCGACACCAUUACGAAACCUUUGAGAAGUUUGGAAAUGAAACAUUUAUUAUCCACUUAGACAACGGAAGAGGGUUCGGUAAAUAUUCCCACGAUGAACUCUCCAUCUUGGUGCCUUUGAACCAGUGCUGUAGAAUAAGGAAAUCUACCUAUCAGCGAUUGCAAUUGCUAGCCAAGGAAGAAUUCAAACUCAGCGACCUGAUGGAAGAAUCAUUGAUGAAAGACAAAAUUGCACCCAUUUUGUACAAGUUGCACCUUGAAGCUAUGGACCGAAGGCUCCGGAUAGUGCUCAAGGCCGUCAGUGACUGUAUAGAAAAAGAAGGGUACGAUAACGUGGUGGAAACUGACUUUGUCGCUGACCUGAACACUAUUACGACCAAGAGGUAGUGAAAUCACAGGACCAUGUUUUUACGAGCUCUGUAGAAGAAGAAGAAGAAAAUAAGAAACCAAACAGUCUUGCGAAAGGCUGUGUAUGCCACUUUGUGAAUUCAGUGAAUUCAGAAAUGCGAUUAUAAUUGUUCUCAAAGUAGCUAAGGGGUAGACUUUGUGAAGGAUGAGGUUGCGGGUGGGAACGUGCAACCUCUGGGGUGUAUCUAACCAGCUGGACCAAUUUGGGGGCCAUUGGGGAAGCCCCGUGUUUUCUUCUGAGUUCUCCCAUGCAGAGCGUCUCAGUUGCCGUGGCCUUCGUAAAACCUUGUGUCCCCUUGGUCCCAAAAGAUUCCUUCCAGUUGCCCAUUAUAGCAUUGGAUUGUUGUGAGUGGAACUUCUGGCAAGCCCUGUCUCACCAAGGUGUUGUAGCAGUUCCUGUAGGGAAUGAGUUUGUGGUCAAGCUCACCCUCACACAGAGAGAGAGAGAGGGAGAGAGAGAAAUGGCAUACAGCUGGAGCGUACCACCAACUGUGGGGAGGGUUUAGGGGACAUUGAAGUGGAUAGAAGUGGGCCAUCCAAGGGUUAGGCAACUGUAAAAAGAACUGGAUUGCUGUGCUUUUAAAUCAGUGCCCAAAACAAGGUUUGGAAGAUAUUUGAGACUGCCUAAAUGAGCAACCCCGGUCUCCUGGCAAAUGGCACCCGUUUUUGGUUUUGUACAGAAAGCAGAUCUUUAUUUAAUAUUUUGUAUUUAUAUAUGAAAUAGCAAGUGAGGGGAAAUGCAGAUCUACCUAACCAAAUCCUAAGAAAAAGAGGAACAGGGUCAUUUUCAUGGCUCACAAUGUAUUCUAGAGGGAAACCCAUAUAGAGCUAGUCUAUACUGUUAUAGCCCUUCCGGGACUGUAUCACUACAGAACGUAGGCCGGGAGGGAGUGAUUGGCUGGCUGCUCAGCCACCUCCAAAUAGCAUGCGUGUAAAAAAUUAGCAUGUCAAAGAAGAGGCUGGCCUUGAACAAAUUAUCUUUGACGUGCUAUUUUUCAGUUAGGGACACUUUCGAAAUCCUCCUGCUCUGAAUUGAUCCUCGGAGUUUAAAGCUCGAAAUUACUUGGGUUUUGUUUCUGAAGCAGAGCCGACGAGUCCAUUGUUUCCAUUUCUUUUUAAUGUUCUACAGAGUGCUGUGCAUGCACGGAUUACUGCAGUUUUCAGUUUGUGCGCGUCGUUUUUAAUCUCUUAAACGUGCAUUGAUAAAAGACACUCAAAAACAAAAGAACCAGCGUUGAUACAUUUCAAUAUACAACAGCACUAAGAUUGUUUUGGAGCAGGAUUUGACCAGAGGCACAGGACAGCAUGCAGAUGUUAGUAAAACACCAUCCACAGUGAAUCGUGAUGCAGUCAAACCACUGACCAUGGAAAGAUUGCUUCUUUUUUUUGCAGUUUUACCAAUGCAAAUGUGUGUGUGUCGAUAUAUCGCCAAAGAGGGUGGGAAGACAUGCAAAUGUCUCGGCAAACCACAUGCUGUGUUCCGGAAUUAAUUUUUGAGAAUAUUCUUAGCUUAAGUCAUGCCUAAAGUGAAGCGGAGUGCCGUAGAAGGAGAAAAUGAAGGGACGGGAGGGGGGAGGGGGCAUAUUCUUGUCCUUAGUUUUCAUCACAGUGUGUGAAACAGAGGAAGCAUUCUGCCACCUGCGUCCGAAAGCAAAACGGUCCUGAAGAGAAGCGGAUCGCGUUCUUUUCCUUGCCGUGUAUACCAUCAGCUUGUCAUGUCCUGCGUUAACCUUCAAGUUCUCUCUUCCUCCGUGUCUAAUUUAAAUUGAUUCUCCCUCCCCGCACACCUACUCCACCUGAAGAUGUCUCUAAACUGUUUCUUCAAAGCAAAAAAGCAGGGGGGGGAGAGAACAGAAACACAAAGUUAGAGGCGAACCUAGUUGGAAAGAGGAUUCUGAAAAUUCGUGCGUCGGCGGGGGAAAUACUUGAAUGUGGUUUUACAAAGCGAUGUAAAAUUAAUGACAAAUUGUACUAUUUAUCCAGACAGAAGCUGCAGCUCUUAUCUUUCUAGACAGUCGUAGCGGGGCUGCCGCUUUCCCGACUUUGCUUUUGAUAGUUUUUGUGUAAAUAUAUAAUAUAACGAGUUUCAAAAAAAAAAUCAAGGGGGGGGGAGAGAGAGAAAAAUAGCUGCGUUCGGCAGCAAUAGAUUUACUUUUGCAGCAUUUUCUUUUCCUCUGUGGAUUUGUUUGCAAUGUGGUCCCAGUGCAAUAAAGAU